ACAGGACAGACACGACACGCUCACUGAUACGCUGAAUGUACAGUAAUUACCCGAGCAUCUACAGUCCCUGAGAAAUCGAUCCUGCGUCCCAUUUCGCCGCGCAGCCAGCCUCCGCACCUCCGAACAUGACUGCGAAACACAGAAAUAAGAGCAAUGCGAGCGAAAAGAGCUCCAAUACCAACCAAGAUGACGUGGCGAAGAAGAGUCCCAAGGCUAGCAAAGGGGCCGACUCUCCCGGGCCGGGGUCAGGGAGCUGGGCCAAGCUUUUGGCAGCGGUGUGUUACAUUGCACUGGUAGCGGCAGCUGGGUUCGCCGCGUUUUAUCUCCAGAGGGUGUUGGAAGAAGUCGGGCAGAUCAGCAGCAGGGCUGAACAGUCUGUCCAGAAAAACGCGGAGCUCGCUAAGAAAAUGGAGAGCGUCGUUCAACAGGUGGACUCCCUGAGGCUGACGGUGGAGGGGUUCGAGGCGGCCCUGGGCAGCACGCGGGCGGAGCUGGACAGCGCGGGGCGGGCGCUGCGGAAGGGCGAGGCGGAGACGCGGCGGGUGGAGGAGGCCCUGCAGAAGCUGCAGAACGAGCUGCUGCGCGACCUCUCCGACGGCAUCCGCGAGGUGAAGGAGGCGCGGGCGCGUGACUCGGCGUCCCUGGAGCGCACGGUGGAGGAGCGGCUGACCGAGCUGGCCCGCUCCAUCGGCGACAGCGUGGCCGAGUUCGCCGGGGCGCAGGGCGAGACGCAGAGCCAGCUCCGCGACCUCCGGGCCCGGCUGGAGGCCAUGUCGGACCCCGGCUCGCUCCGGCAGGAGCUGGCGGCCGUCGUCGACACCGUCGCCGACCUCGGCGCCGCCCGGCAGGAGACUGAGAAGGUGGCCGAGGCCCUGAGGGAGCAGAUCACCGCCGUGGGGGCGGAGCUGCAGACCCGGAACCAGGAGGUGGCGUCCACGGCGCAGGAGAUUGAGUCGGUGCGGGGGCUGGUGCAGAGCACGGCGGGGGCGCUAAGGCAGGCCGUGACCGCGGCCGAGGUGUCCGUCAAGGCGCUGUCCGACCAAGCCGACAGCCUGCAGUCCGGGCUGGAGCAGGCGGCGGGCAGCAUCCGGAGCCUGGAAGAGGGCCUGCAGGGGGCGGCGGCUCGGGCGGAGAGGAGCGCGGAGGAGGCGGAGUCCCGGCUGAGGGCGGCGGAGCAGACCGGCGAGUCCUUGGGCGCGGCGGCGGCCGAGCAGGCGGCCAAACUCGAGGCCCUCCUCGCCAAGUACGACUCCCACGAGAGCACGCUCGCCACGCUGGCGCGGGAUGCCCGGGGCGCCCAGGCGGCCGCCGAGGGCGUGGCCGAGGGGCAGCGGGCUCUGGCCGGCCAGGCGGACGCCCUGCAGAGCGAGCUGGCGGAGCUGCGCGCCGAGGUGGCAGGACUGGGCAGCGUACAGGCCGAACUGUCCACCCUGGACUCCCGUCUGAGCGGGCAGCUGCAGGCACUGGGCCAGAGGCUGGACGCUCUGGGGGAGGACGUGCGAGAGACCCAGGCCUCCAAACUGAAGGCCUCCGUCAGCCAGGCCCAGAAAGACCUGCAGCAGCUCAGGGCCACCAUGGACAGCCUGACGGCCUACUCCAUGAAGGUGGAGGGACACGAGAAGGCCAUCAGCUCCCUAAAGAGCAAACUAGAAGAGACUGUGGCCUCUGUCGGCUCGCUGUCCAAACAGAAGGGACCCAGCAAGAGGGUCUGAUGUGCACUCCAGCGGGGUCCGCAACAGCAGGGCAGGCGUUACCUUUUUGGGAGGGGGAGGGUGGACUGUUGUUUUAAGCCACACAC